AUGUGUUUGUAGGAGUUUUUGAAGGAGUGUGUUUGUGUGCUUUGUGAUAUACUAAACAGUUAGGUAUGACCGCCUGUGGUUUUCAAUCUAAGUGGGUGGAAUAUAAGGGAGACAGAAGCCAAAUUUCACGCGCAAAGGACGUGAAGCAGUGAACAGCACAGGUGAGGUUAGCCUGUGUGGUGCAGACGUGAAUGACCAUCAGCGGGGGCAGACAUGGGGAUUUUGGAACGUAGCUGGUGCAGCCUGCACCAAAAGAACCGACAUUCCCAGCUGCACCCACCCACCUGCCCUCUCUGACUGGACAAGACGGUACCUGUAGCCGGGUGAGAGGUCCUAUCUCUUUCUGGCCAGAGGAUGUUCCGCAAGAAGAAGAAGAAGAAGAAGCUGGAGAUCUCGGCGCCCAAGGACUUCGAGCACCGGGUCCACACCUCCUUCGAUUCCAAGGUCGGGAACUUUGUGGGUCUGCCGACCCAAUGGCAUGGCCUCAUCGAGACCCCGCGGCGCCCCAAGCCCAUGGUGGACCCCUCCAGGAUUACCCCCACGGAGCUGAAACCAAAGAAGACCGUUGUUCGCGGGAGCAUUAUCGGACACGGGGAAUACAUCGCCGCGGCUCUAUCGCAGCUGAGCCACCUCUCGGUCACAAGUUCGAAUGCGCUGCGGAAGACCAGUACCUCAGAAAAGGAGAAGGCCCCCUCCUCGGGCCGGCCUGAAAAAGCGCAGGAGGAUGGGGACCGCAGGCUCGAGGGCCUCGCCAAUGACAAUAGAGGCGGGGCCAGAACACACAAUGCGGGCGGUGAAAACUGGAGCCACGCACGCCCCUGGACUGACAAGGCUGCGGCCCUCCCCCACUCUAACCACGAGGCGAACGCCCGCACCUCCAAUGGGGCCGUGCCCCACAUAGCUGCUGUGGAGCUGCCCCUCCCAGGGACACAUUGCGAGGUGGUGCCCAUGGAUAUGCCUGAACAGAAUCCGGAUGUGGCCCCCCACUCGGUUUCUGUCUCUGGCCACGGCCCCCUGGAGGCACUCGCACAGGAGCCUCAGGUGGAGUUCAGAGCGCACACACCGGAACCUCGAGUCAACGCCUCACCGCUGCUCCGCACUCAUAGCAGCUUCCGCAGACCCAACUCUUACAAUCGGCAGGCCGUCUCUGUUCAACGAUAUCACUCCUUUCACAACGGCAUCGGAGACGCAAUCCCCCGAGGCCUACGGACGUACCAGGCCGUGCGCGUGCCCGCCAGCUACACCGCCGGACUGUCUCCGCACCUGUACGCCAGGCAGGGCCUUAAGCCCCCCCUCCCCAGGCACGACAGUCAGACCCAAUCCCGCCCGACCCCGGCGGGGUCCCCCUCCCCGGGCCCCCGCGGUACCGGCUCCCCCUCUCUCUACCGCCCCCAGCGCUCCUCCACGGACCCCGGCCACGACCCACCCGAGGUCAGCCACGAGCAGUUCAGGGCCGCCCUGGAGCUGGUGGUGGACAGGGGGGACCCGCGCUGCUACCUGGAGAACUUUGUGAAGAUCGGGGAGGGCUCGACGGGCGUGGUCUGCAUCGCCCGCGAGAAGCACGGCGGUCGACAGGUUGCCGUGAAGAUGAUGGACCUGUGCGGGCAGCAACGCCGGGAGCUGCUCUUCAACGAGGUGGUGAUAAUGCGGGACUAUCGGCACAAGAACGUGGUGGAGAUGUAUAAGAGCGCCCUGGUGGAUGAAGAGCUGUGGGUAAUCAUGGAGUACCUCCAGGGCGGCGCUCUAACCGACAUAGUAUCUGAAACCAGACUGAACGAGGAGCAGAUUGCAACGGUGUGUGAGGGUGUGCUACAAGCUCUGGCCUUCCUCCACACUCAAGGCGUCAUCCACAGGGACAUCAAGAGUGACUCUAUACUGCUCUCUCUGGACGGGGAGAUCAAACUCUCAGACUUUGGGUUCUGUGCCCAAAUCAGCAAAGACAUUCCCAAGAGGAAGUCCAUGGUGGGGACUCCAUACUGGAUGGCUCCAGAAGUCAUUUCCAAAAUACCUUAUGGCCCUGAGGUGGAUGUGUGGUCUCUGGGCAUCAUGGUGGUGGAGAUGGUGGAUGGAGAACCUCCGUACUUCGACGAGACGCCACUGGUGGCCAUGAAGAAGCUGAGGGACGAGCCCUCACCUACUGUCCGGAGCGUGCACAAGAUCUCCCCGAUGCUGACGGACUUCCUGGGACGCAUGCUGACCCGGGACCCUCAGCAGAGGGCGAGCGCAGCCGAACUGCUGGAGCACCCCUUCCUCCUGCAGGCAGGGUCGCCCCGGUGCCUAGUGCCCCUGGUGGAGAUGCACCGCAAGCGCAUGUCCAGAUGCUGACCCCGGGGGACCCCGGCUCCGGCCCCGAGCCUCCACACCCGGCCCCUAAUUCACCAUCGGAGGGGCAGCAAAAGCUCCUUUAAGAUACCGUCCAAGUCUGCAGGAGAAUGGCGCGAUUGUUGAUAUUCACCUUCGGCAGUACAAGGAGAACCUGUUGGAGCAAGUACUUGGAGCGGGAGGAACCAGGAAAUCAUCUAAAUCUCAUGGACUUUUUUUUUUUCAAGUUUCAUUUAAAAAGGUGCAGUAUUGACUUCUGGAGUCUUCUAAGUAUAGAAGCUAGUUGGCCGCAGAACUAAACAAUUAAAAUGAAAUGAACAGGUUUUAUUAAAAGAUAUUUUUGAGCAAGAUCUGGCGCCCACCUGCUGGGAGGGUUCACCAAAAUGCUGACUGUGCAGUGCUAACAGUUUAGCAUUCAUCUUCAGCUUUCAUAAUCACAGGAUUACUUUUUUUUAUAUGCACUGUACACGAUACUAGGAUUUGUAUGAAGGCUUGUCUGAAGGUUGUAAAAAACAUUUUUUAAGAUGUGUAAAAAUAUGUGUCCAUGUACAAACAUUAAAUCUCAUCCUUACUGAGAAUAA